AGCUUCUACCACGGAGUAUCGAGAACCUAGAUACCGAUCGCCGACAUAACCUAACCUAACCUACAAACGACAUUUAUGUAAUUUAAUCCGAAUAAUCGAUUCCUUGCGUGGGUGAUAUCCGUCGUUAAUCGUUCUUUGCAAAGUAAAUUAUUAUAUAAAGAUAAUUUAGAUAAAAUAAUGGGUGUCCUGCGGUUAGUAUAUGCUUUGAAGCUUAACGAAGCUCUGCUGUCACGAUUUGCUGUGAAGGCCAGCGUAGCCGGUGGCUUUACUUAUUACACAAUUCGUGAAGGUCUUUGGUCGGAUCCAGAGGAAACUGUAAAAUUAUAUGGUAAAAUGUAUAACAACAUAGCACCAUACGUGAAGGAAAAUAUUCCCAAGGAAGUAGCAACAGAGCUUCCUGAACUGCCUAGUGUCACAGACGUUACGUGCUUUGUCAAAUCCUCAUGGAACAAGGGCGUGAUUACAACAUUUAAGUUCAUAUCGAAUUUGCCGCAACACACAUCCGAUGCAAUUGAGGCGAGUGGAAUCAAAGGCGCCAUUCUUAGUGCGAUAGAUUCUGUCAAUGCUCCUGAGAAACCAACUCAGGCUUAGCAAUUGAAUUCUUGUUUCAAACAAUUCAAAUAUUUAUUUUAUUGCCAUAUUAGUGACAAUUUAUAGUUCCAUGUGUAAAUAAAGAUGUCAAACUUUAGACCAA